CCAUUUAAGUGGAAAUUCAUUCGCGCUCGCGUAUAUGUAUUGAUUCUACGUUGAAUGGGCUUACAUUACAAAGCUUUGACGAAAAAAGCAAUCACGAUAAAAUAACUAUCAAAGAAACAAGAAAAUAAUUGCAUAUUUUAUCAAAAAAAAUAAAUAAGAAAAAUACGUUUCAUGAAAACGUUACUUAUAUAUAGUUUAUAUCAAAAAUAAAGUAUCCUCAUAAAUAUAAUACACAUUCGACAUUGAAUACUCUCGUAGUCCUGCCGCUGCCUAUCGCCGCGGGUGGAAGCAGGUCUAUUCUACGCAUCUUACAAGUUGUUACAAUGAGGUUCCUCUCUGUUGAGAUUUUCAUUCUCAAGUGACAGUGAUUUGGUGUAAUUUGUAUCUAUCUCUUAGCAUUCGAUGCGGAAUUCAAAAAUGAUUAAAUUGUGAUUAUACAAUGAAAAAGUUUCGAAUUAAGAGACGAUUCGAAAAUAGUUCAUCAAGUGUGGAGGUGGGAAAUCAGCAAUCGAUCAAUGGCGGUCGAUAUUUUGGAUGAAGACCACUUCGCGGUGAGUGCAAUCGUUACCGUCGGUAUGCAAAUUAUAUUCUUCACAAUUGCGGCGACCUUCCAGCUGGACAAGCUAACAGAUUUUGCCGGCGGCACGAACUUUAUCAUCCUCGCCCUUCUCACUUUCUUUCUCGGCCAAGUAGGCAAGCCUUAUGACAGUAGACAACUUAUGGUCACUAUAUUUGUUUGCUUGUGGGGUGUUCGUCUUUCUGGAUAUCUAUUAUAUCGGAUUAUUAAAAUUGGUCGUGAUAAAAGAUUUGAAGAUCGUCGCAGUAAUGUGAUUCGUUUUGCUGUAUUUUGGACAUUUCAGGCUAUAUGGGUCUAUGUCGUGAGUUUACCAGUAAUUAUCAUUAAUUCGCCGCGACACAAAAUACCACCAGCUCCUAAAACGAUGACAACACUAGAUAGCACUGGUACGGGACUUUUCGUAACUGGUUUAUUAGCUGAAACUUAUGCCGAUUUGCAGAAAUUUUCUUUCAAACAAGAUCCAGUGAAUAAUGGCAAAUGGUGUAAUGACGGAUUAUGGAGAUUAUCCAGACAUCCAAAUUAUUUUGGAGAAAUAGUAGUAUGGUGGGGUAUCUUCGUAAUAUCUUUGAAUGUAAUUGAAGGCAUUGAAUGGAUUGCUAUAGCUUCUCCAAUAUUCACUACUUUCAUCAUUCUUUUCUUAUCUGGAAUGCCUCUAUUGGAAAGAGCUUCCGAUGAGAGAUAUCGUGAUAAUGCCGAAUAUCGCUAUUACAAACUAUCGACAUCGCCAUUAAUACCAAUACCACCAUCCAUAUAUGUUGAAGUGCCUCAUUUCCUAAAAUUUCUUUUCUGUUGCGAAUUUCCACUUUAUGAUUCGUUAGAUGUAAAACCACGAUCAGCUGUCACUGAAUCAACAUCAAUAAGUCUUGCUGCGUCUACGUAGCUAUAGUCACACGCCGGACAACCGAAUUCGAAGUCCGGCGUGCAGUCAUCUAUGACUAGCACAGUCUUUUGAGGCUGCUAUGAUUCUUUGCAUUUUAUUGUUCGCAUCGUCUUUCAUUAUUCCACUCGGUUAAGAAUAAUAACUUAGAGGUUAUGCAAAUAAAAUUCUACGUAAUUAGAAAUUGAAAUAAAUUGAAAAAGUAUAUAUUAUGUCAUCAACGUUAAUAUGUUGUAAUUGCAUUUUUUAAAUUAUAUAUUUUUUAAAUUGAAAAUAUUGAUGUUCUUUGUGAUUUGAGUUCAGAAAAUAUAUAAAAUGCUGUUAUACAAAAAAGUAACAUGUAAAAUAAUGAUUAUGAAAGUAGACGCGUAUUACUAUAUUUUGCUAAUCUAUUAAAUGAAUUGAAAAAAUUUAUAUUUUUUAAAUUUAAUUAAAAAACUAUAUUUAUUUGAAGUACUUUUUAAAGUUUAGGAAUUUAAAAAUCUUAAAAAUAAUGUUAAAAAAUAUUAAUAAAUAUAAAAAAAUUAAACCGAAGUUAAAAUCGUAAUUAUACUACCUCGAAUAUGUUUUCGAUUUAAAAUCGAAUUCAUUAUCUAGAUUAAAACGUUUAAACUUUAAAAAAAUAAUUAUAUAUACAUAUAUAAAAAAAUAUAAAAAUAAAUGUGCAAUAUUAUUAUAGAUUUUCGAAGCUAUAUAGUUUCUGCUAAACAUUCUUCUAUUUCAUAGAAUUCAUUGAUGUAUAUAUUUAUUUCCAAUUUUAUAAGUGUUCAUUUGUUUAAUAUUACUCUUUUAUAGAAAAUAAGUUGGAAAAAAAUUAUUAAAACACAAUUAUAUUUUAAUGACAGAGUUCUAAAAACAAUAUUUUUGGACCACUAGGGACCAUAUAUAUAUAUAUAUAUGUAUAACAAUAUUAGUUGCUUAUAUAUAUUUUUACAUAUCUAAAAAUCAAACUUUUGAAUAAUAAUUUGGAUAGUAAUUGAGCAAGCUAAAUGGAAGAAAAAUAUCACUAAAAUGAAAAGAGCAAAAAUGAAAACUUAUUUUGAUUUUAUAAUUGAUUAUUAUUACUUUAAAACCCGUUUUUAAUCGAUGCAGAUGAAACAUUAUUUAAAAAAAAACCAAUUAGAAAAAGUUUUAGUAAAAAUUAAUUAUGUAUAGAAAUGUUAAAAAAUUAAUCAUAAUCAAAUCCCAAAAAAUUCCAAAAAUAAAAAGCUGUCUAUCUAAAUAAUAUUAAUAGUUGUAAGUAAAUUAAUCGUAGCAUUAAAUUAUAGCAAUAUUAUACAUAUCUUGUGCCGAGUAGUAAAUCGAAAAAUAAAGCUAUAAUUAAUAAAAAGUAUUAUUUAGCUGUAUUCUUUUAAAAGCAAUCAUAAUGAAAAUUAAUAUUCUCAAAUCAAUAUUAUAAAAAUAAAUAUUAUGAUUCAUUAUAAUUUAAAUAUAUAUUUCGAUAUAAAUAUUAAAAGAAUACAACUACAGAUACAUUACGCCAAAUUAGAAGUAUUAUGUUGUAAACGAUCGUUUCAAUCGUUGUUAUGUAAAUCUUUAAAUUUUAGAUAAUAAACAAUAGUUGAUCCAA